GAUGAGAGGACGGAUGGUGGAAAAGCUCAUGGGUUUGUUGUAAGGCCAACCAUUUUUUUUCUUCCUCUCGGUUGACGGCUUGACUCUACGGCCCAUGAAUAAAGAUCGGUUUUUUAGGGGUUUUCGUGCGCGUGAUUUUGAUGUUUAACUCUGUUCUUUUCCAAGCUCGACUGGUUGCUAUCGCGGAGUAAAUGGAUUAGUUUCUUGGAGAGAUUUGAUUUAUCUUGGUCCAUGGAUUUUGCAGAGCAGUUUGGUGGUGGUGCUGUGCCGGGAACUAGUCGUCGUGAUCGUCGUCGUCGUCUUCUUCACGGACAAGCCGGGAGACCGAUGACUCUGCGGCCACUCAACACAGAGAGAAACUUCCUCCUCUCCUCACCGAAGCCACAGAGCCCCAGGGAUGCCUGCUCGCCGCCGGUGAGGUCGCCCACCACCAGGGUCGUCGCCUGCAGGAGGCUGCCGUCCUCCAAGAAGGCCAUGGCGGGCGCCGGCGUCCUCGAGAGGUCGCUCAGCUUCAAGAACUGGGAGGCCGCGGCGGAGGAGGCUGCCGCCGCCGCCCGCGGGCCGGAGCAGGUCGCCGUGCCGCCGACGGAGACGGCGAGCGGGUGCAUCAACGGCGCGCGGCCGGGCGUCCUCCUGCUGCAGAGCCCCAAGGCCAGGCAGGGCGACGCCGCCGCCGCCGCCUUGUCCCCGGCGCAGGCCGCCCUCAUCGAGUUCUUCUCCCCGAAGCCCCGGGCGGAGCUCGACCAGGCCGCCACCAAGGUGCAGAAGCUCUUCAAGGGCCACCGCACCCGGAGGAACCUCGCCGACUGCGCCAUUGUCAUCGAGGAGCUCUGGUGGAAGGCCUACGACUCCGCCUACCUCAACAUCAAAUCCAUCUCCUUCUUCGACGAGGCCAAGCAGGAGACGGCGGCGUCCCGGUGGUCCAGGGCCGGGAAGAGGAUCGCCAAGGUCGGCAAGGGCCUCUCCAAGAACGAGAAAGCCCAGAAGCUCGCGCUGCAGCACUGGCUCGAAGCUAUUGACCCGCGCCACCGCUACGGCCACAAUUUGCAUCUCUACUACGACAUCUGGUCUGCGAGUUCGAGCACCGAGCCAUUCUUCUACUGGUUGGAUGUAGGAGCAGGGAGAGACAUGCAUCACCCAAAGUGCCCAAGAAGCAAGCUUUAUUCGCAGUUGAUCAUGUACCUCGGACCAAACGAGAGGGAAGCUUUUGAAGUUGUUGUGGAGGAUGGGAAGCUUCUGUACAGGAAGAGUGGAGUUCUUGUGAACACCACUGAAGAUUCCAAGUGGAUAUUUGUAUUGAGCACUACAAGAUCGUUAUAUGUUGGACAGAAGAAGAAGGGUAAAUUUCAGCACUCAAGUUUCCUAGCUGGGGCGGCUACAACAGCUGCUGGAAGGUUGGUAGCCAAAGAUGGUGUUCUUAAGGCAAUAUGGCCAUAUAGCGGCCACUACCUCCCGACAGAGGAGAACUUCAGAGAGUUCAUCAGUUUCUUGGAGGAGAACAGUGUUGAUCUUGCCGAUGUCAAGAGAUGUUCAGUCGAUGACGAUGAAUUCCCGUCAUUCAAGAAGACAGAUGAGCAACCAGAGGAAGCUGAUAAGCCUACUGAACCAACACAUGAUGAGAUCCUGGAAAGCUCACAAGUUGAGCUGCCUGAGGUAGACAUUGUCAAGGAAGUGGUUGUCGAAAACAGCGAGGACACCGAGGCAGCGCCGAAGAUGGUGAACCGCCCAUCCUUCAAAUGGGCAACCGCCAAUGGCGCUCGCAUUGGCUGUGUCCGGGACUACCCGGCUGAUCUCCAGAGCAUGGCCCUUGAGCAUGUCAAUCUUUCACCAAGAGUGGUGCCCUCUCCAACCACAAACAGGCUACCGAUACCGUCUCCUCGCCCGAGCCCCAAGAUCAGGCUGUCACCUAGGCUUCACUACAUGGGUCUCCCGACGCCUACCGGUUGCAAGCUCCCUAUCCCGAGCCCGGAGAUCAGGAGGUCACCAAGGGAUCAAUUCAUGGGGUUUCAGACGCCGGCAGUGUCUCUCACACUCCCAAAACUGGGGAAGUGAAGUGAUGCCAUGACAUUUGUUCAUGCGGCGGUCUCAUAAUUAUCAUACCUGCUGUUACUGAAGCUAUAACAGCAAAUUUUUUGGUUAGUUGUAGCUUAGAUCAGAGAUAACAUUUUUGUCGUAUGUCUUGUUUGUUCAUAGUGUGAUACCAUUCUUUAGUAUGUUCGUUCAUCUUCUUUGACCUGAGGACUGAGGUGUGCAUCCAGGGCACGGUGUAAACAUCGAGCUGUGUAACCUGGAUUCACAAACUUUCAAGUACAGAAUGUAACACUGGAAUUUUUUGGAAUAAAGGACUGUUUUGUUCAGAUU